UGUAAAUUUGAAAGAGAGUUAAAUAGUGGCAAAACAUGGAUGGUUAUCGGACUUGAAAAUUUAAGUACAAAGAGACUUAUUUGGUAUUCUACGAAGGAUGCUACACUUUUAACUGAUAGAUGGGAAAAAUUUAAACUUUUAACAGAGUUCAAUGAUGGUGAUGUCCUUGGUUGUGGAUUAGUUUAUCCUCCAGCUAAUGAAUUUCCUUAUGUAUUUUUUACACAAAAUGGAAAACAAAUUGGUUUAGCUACGUUAUUAUUGGACAAUUACAACUCAUAUAAACCAUUUAUUUACCAAACAUGUUGUUCAGUUGAAGCUAAUUUUGGGAACGAUUUGGAAACUAAACCUUUCAAAUAUGAUAUUUCGAAGCAUUUAGUUCUAAAGAAUUUAGUUGAUUUUUUUCCGAUUUAUUUUAUUUUUUGA